UGCCUGGAGAGAAAAAAAAAAAAAACUCAGCAGCGGUCUGUAUAAAAGUCGGCGCUCUGAUGAGAUUCGUCCCUUUUCCAGAGACAGGCCAAGAAGCACACAAGCUCCAUCAUGGUGCAGAGAGUCGCAGUGAUCGGGGCGGGCCCCUCGGGUCUCACCAGCGUCAAGGCUUGCCUGGAUGAGGGCCUGGAGCCCACCUGCUUCGAAAGCAGCGACGACAUAGGAGGACUCUGGAAGUUCAAGGAAGUCUCCGAGCCGAACAGGGCCAGCAUAUAUCGCUCCCUAACCAUCAACAUCUGGAAGGAGAUGAUGUGCUACAGCGACUUCCCCAUCCCAGCUGAUUACCCAAACUACAUGCACCACUCUAAGAUCCUGAAGUACUUCAGGAUGUACGCAGAGCACUUUAAAAUACUGCAGCACAUUCGUUUCCAGACCUCGGUGAAGAAAGUCACGCAGAGACCGGACUUUUCUCGCACCGGCCAGUGGGAGGUGGUGAUAGAGAAUAAAGAUGGACUGGAGGAGAGGCACAUCUUUGAUGCAGUCAUCUGCUGCUCCGGUCAUUUCAACUACCCCAACCUGCCUCUUAAAGACUUUCCAGGAAUUGAGACGUUUGAAGGAAAAUACCUCCACAGCUGGGACUACAAGGGACCUGAGGACAUGCACGGGAAGAGAGUGGUGGUCAUCGGCAUCGGCAACUCAGGAGGAGACAUCGCCGUGGAGGGCAGCAGAGUAGCAGAGCAGGUGUACCUGAGCACUCGCAGCGGUGCCUGGGUCAUCCGUCAGGUUUCCGACAACGGCUUGCCGGUUGACAGGUUCAACACGCGCUUUGUCCAUGUCAUGUUCAAGCUGCUGCCCAUGAGUUUUCUCAACUGGCUGGGGGAGAAGAAGCUCAACGCCAUGUACGAUCACGCGGUGUACGGCCUCAAACCCAAACACAGACUCUUCAGCCAGAUUCCAGUGAUCAACGAUGACCUUCCCUUCAAGAUUUUGUCCGGGUCAGUCCUCGUCAAGCCAAACUUGAAAGAGAUCCGUGGCUCCACCGUGGUCUUUGAUGAUGGCAGCGCUGCGGAAAAUGUGGAUUUGAUUGUGUUCGCCACGGGGUACAACUAUGAUUUCCCCUACUUGCCGAAGCACGUCAUGUACAAGUCGGGGCACCGUGUGGGCCUCUACAAACAUGUUUUCCCCCCAGUCCUUGAGCAGCCUACUCUGGCUAUUGUGGGAUUUAUCCAUUCUGACGGAUCCAUCAUGCCACAGGCUGAGAUGCAGGCCCGCUUUGUCACUCGUGUCUUCAAAGGACAUAAGAAGCUUCCCUCAAAUCAAACCAUGAUCAAGGCUGUUGAGAAGGACACCAAAAACAUUGAGAAAAACUACGUUGUGUCGAGGCUGACGCCACUGCAGGUGGACUUUCUCGAGUACAUGGACGACUUAGCGAAGGACAUCGGAGUGCGCCCAAGUCUCCUCUGGCUGCUCCUCACCGACUUCCCCCUGUUUAUGCGGGUUUUCUGGGGACCCAUCACUGCUUACCAGUACCGACUGAUGGGACCGGGAAAAUGGGACGGGGCCCGCAGGGCGAUCUUCACCCAGCUGGACCGCCUGUACCAGCCCCUGAGAACCCGACAGCUGGGGCCUCGGCAGAGCUCGACAGCAGGCCGCCUCUUCAAGUGGAGCUUGCUGCUCGUGGCUGGAGGAAGCGCCCUCUACUACAUCCAAGUUCACAAUCCCACCAUCAUCCCCACCCUGAUGUCCAAACUCCGUCCACCAACCGUCUAAGAAACCCCAAGUUUAGAACCUCUGAUGUUAACUGUGGACAUGUGUCAGUCACGCAGCAGUGUAACCCUAUCGAACAAUGCAGCUCUUUUUACUUUAACAUGCAACGCCGGUGACACUCAGACUAGCCUGCACUGAAGUAAUGUUUCAUAUUGCAAAAACUAUUGCAGUUUAACUGUUUACAAGCAGGCCAGAACUAAACACUGCAGACCAUUGUUUAUUGACAAGAAGGGAGGAUGUUGAGCCAGGAUCAGAAAGCUGACAGAGUUCACCUUCCUGAACUAUGGAAGCAGAAAAGAAGAGGGAGAGACACAAGAAGUCAGGGAAAGCAAAAUAAGGACAUCAGCUGUUCCUAUAAUGAACUGGGCUCUGAUUAUAUAUGUCAUACAAAAAGCAUUCCUGAGAAUAAUGUGAACCUGCUUUGUUCAUGUCAAACCCACCUCUUGUGCAUUUUUAGGAUAGAUUCAUGGUUGGAACACCAAAUUAUGUCUAAAGUUCAAACAUUCAGGUGGUAACUUGAGGUAAAAUGACCAGAGUGUUCUUAGGUUUAAGAGCCGCGGUUUGACUUCUCCAUAGAUUCCUGCCUCUUGUGGUUUAAACAUUGCCUGCACUUGUCAAAAACUCUGCACAGUUUGUGUUGUAGUUCUUCUCCUGCACCAACAACCAGACGCUGUCGUCACCAUAAAUAUGCUACCAUUACAAAACUGUUUCUUUUUGUCUUUUUGAUAUUACAUUAUUUUUCAUAUAGACUACUAACUUCUGGUGUUUUCAGUGAACACGAAACGGCUUUUGUCAUUUGAAUAAACGUUUUAAAGGAACAUUAAAGCAAUAGGUGCUGCUAAUGCUACUUUUCCA